AUGAUCGCCCCUUUGUCCCUGGCUGCUCUCGCGGCAAUCAUACCUUUUGCCAAUGCAGCUACUCCGACCCAGGCUUACACAUGGAAGAGCGUGAAGAUUGGAGGCGGCGGAGGGUUCGUUCCUGGUAUCGUAUUUAACCCAACCGAGAAGGGCCUUGCCUACGCUCGUACCGACAUCGGUGGUCUCUACAAACUCAACACCGAUGAUUCUUGGACCGCGCUAACUGAUUUCGCCGACAAUGCGCACUGGAACUACUGGGGUGUCGAUGCACUGGCGACCGACCCCAUUGAUACUAAGCGCGUUUAUAUUGCCACCGGCAUGUACACUAACAGCUGGGAUCCCAACAAUGGUCAAAUUAUGCGCUCAUCUGAUUACGGGAAGACGUGGGCUUCGACCGUUCUGCCUUUCAAGGUUGGUGGAAACAUGCCCGGACGUGGUCUCGGAGAGCGCCUGGCGAUAGACCCAAACAAGAACUCAAUUCUGUACUUUGGUGCUCGCAGCGGCAAUGGUCUAUGGAAAUCCACUGAUUACGGUGUAACGUGGUCAAAGGUUUCCAGCUUCACCAACACUGGCACAUAUAUUGCCGACCCCAACGACGCCAACGGGUACAACAGCGACAAAGUUGGUAUUGCUUGGAUCACUUUUGAUGCUAGCUCCAGUUCUUCGGGAACUGCUACCUCUCGUAUCUUUGUUGGUGUCGCCAACACUGGCGCGCCCUCUGUUUUCGUAUCCAGUGAUUCUGGUGCUACCUGGUCUGCUGUCGCUGGACAAAACACUGCCUUCAUGCCGCACCGUGGUGUUAUUUCUCCUUCGGAAAAAGCUCUUUAUGUGACCUACAAUAACAAUGCUGGUCCAUAUGACGGAACUACUGGGGCGGUUGCCAAAUAUUUCAUCUCGAACAGCACAUGGGUGGACAUUACUCCGGUUUCUGGAAGUGACCUUUAUUUCGGGUUUGGUGGUCUCGCUGUCGACCUUAAGAAACCUGGAACUAUCAUGGUCGCCGCCGUGAACUCUUGGUGGCCCGACGGUCAAAUCUUCCGUUCGACAAAUGGCGGCGCAACCUGGUCAAAACUCUGGGAAUGGGGAUCGUACCCUAACAUGAAUCGAUACUACAAGUAUGAUACCUCCUUGGCUCCUUGGAUCUCGGUUGUCGAUCCAGAAGAUACCAAACAGAUCGGUUGGAUGAUGGAAUCCCUCGAAAUCGAUCCCUUCGAUUCGGAUCACUGGCUGUACGGAACUGGUGUGACCAUCUAUGGUGGCCGUGAUCUCACCAAGUGGGAUACCACCCAUAAUAUUACUCUUAAAUCACUCGCGGAUGGUAUCGAAGAAACUGCUGUACAAAACUUGAUCUCUCCUCCCACUGGGCCUAACUUGCUCUCUGCUGUUUAUGAUGUCGGUGGAUUCGUGCACUCGGACUUUAACGUUGCGCCUAAGACCAUGUUCACAACCCCCCGCUGGGCAUCCACUCCUACCAACUUGGUCCGUGUCGGAAACUCUGGUACAGACGGAACGAAGCAAAUUGCCCUAUCCACGGACUCUGGUAUCAGCUGGAACCAGGACUAUGGUGCUCCUGACGGCAACUAUGGUGGAAAGGUUGCUAUCUCUGCCGACGGUGAUACCGUUCUCUGGCGUAACGAUAACGGUACCCGUGUAUCACGCUUCACCAACGCAUUCACGGCCGUCACCGGUCUCGGCGCCAGCCCCAUCAUUGCCUCGGACAAGAAAAACAACACCAUCUUCUACGCCGCCUCGGGCAGCAAAUUUUAUAUCUCUACCAACAACGGCGCGUCCUUCAGUGCCACCGCCGGCUCCCUCGGAAGCUCAACCUCUCCUGUGAAGAUCGUUGUCAACCUCAACACUUCGGGUGAUAUCUGGGUUUCGACCGACAAGGGCUUGUUCCAUUCAACCAACUUUGGCGCUACCUUCACUGCUGAUGCUAGCGUGACUGCUGCAUGGGGCCUUGGCCUUGGCGCUCCCAAGACAGCUGGAGGCUACCCUGCCGUAUAUAUUGGCGGUACCAUUGGGGGUGUCGUUGGCUACUAUCGUACCGAUGACAAGGGUGCCAAUUGGAUCCAGAUCAAUGAUGCCACUCAUGGAUUCGGUGCUGUCAGCGCAAACCCUCUGACAGCGGACCCACGCGUUUACGGACGAGUAUAUAUCGGAACUAAUGGUCGUGGCAUCUUCUAUGGCGAUGUUGCUGGCUCCACCCCUGUCACCUCCACUGCCGCUACUACCACAACGCGCGUGACUAGCACAACUGCCAUACCUAGUACAUCAGCUGCGACUACAACCACCACUUCCGUAGCGCCCGCCGCUACAGCUGCUCCUUAUGCGCAAUGCGGUGGCCAGGGUUGGACCGGACCGACUGUUUGCGCGACUGGAUGGAAGUGCGUUGUCGGUAACCAAUAUUACUCGCAGUGCUUGCAAGCUUAA